AGUAAAUAAAUUUUAUGAUAGGUCUAUGUAUGCUGUUGUGGAGUUCACAGAUGGCCUUGAAGUAGAUGUCAUCCCAUGUUCAUGGCUGACAGAGAACAAAAAAAAAGCUUAUUGGCCAAUGUGGAGGAAUUCGGAUAAAAUCCAUGCUGCAGUGAAGCGCUGCACAAUACCAGGGGCAGACUACAUGUGCCUUGAUGUUAGAGUGCUUUAUGAAUCUGACAACUUUGACAAAGCCAGGGGAAAACUAUCAAAUGCAGUAUUGACAUCAAGUUUAGAAACAACUGACAUAGAUGAUGCAAUCAGAGAAGAAAAGGUCCAGAAAAGAAAAAAAAGGCCUAAUCCAAAGUAUAAUGAUUUAUCAUCAACGGAGAGUGAGGGGGAAGAUAUUCCAGCUCCACCAUUAAGAAGAUCCCCACGAAAAAAGGCAAACUCUUUCCCAGAAUUACCACCUCUCCCUGUAUUACCCCCAUUACCAUCACCAUUACCACAACGUAAGGAACCAACGUUGACAGAACCAUCAAAGCAGCCCUCUGGAAUAAGAUCCCCUCACCUGUCUUCACCUGCCUCCCCCACACUUAUUCAGAAAGCACAGCCAAGAGUAACAGCAACUGAAAUCAAGAUCAUAUCCAUCUUAGAAGAAAUUAAAGGACAGGUUCGAUUUAACACAAAACUUUUGCAAAACAUCCAAACAAAAGUUGAUGUCCCUUUCCCAGUGGGAGGAAAUGAGCCAGAAUUAGACCUUGGCAUAGAUUUUCCUCUGAAAAACCUCGAGGACCUGGACAGCUUAGAGGAGAAGUUGGAAAAUGUGGAUAUUGUCAAAGCAUUGCUGUCAAAUCUUUGCUCCAUCGGAGGUGACUCACUCCAGUCCAAUGUAAGGAGACUCCUAUCCUUUCUUCUAAAGAAUGAACUGGCUCUGCAACUUAAUUGGAAAGGGAAAGGGAAAAAAAGAGGAUUUUCGACUCUGAAGUUGAAGAAUGUUGUGCUGAAGGCUGUCAGGAAGAACAGAUUUUGUGCUCAGGCAACAGAUGAUGACAUCGAAAAGCUUAUCAAAGACUGGCUGAGAUAUGCUGCAGAUCGUGAUGGGGGAAGAAAGAAGAGAGAAGAAAAAAAGAGGAACAAUGCCAGGGAGGCCGAGGGAGAAACAGAAUAA